AUGAGAAAAAGACAACAUCCAUUUACACCUUAUUUUAUAAUUUCUGAAGAAAAGGCAAAUUCAACACAUCUUUUUCAUAAUGAAGUUACUCCUGAGAAAUAUGAAAGAAUAUUAAAUUUAGAUAGUAAAUUUGUACAACCUUUAAAUUAUGAAGAUGAUGGAGAAAAUUCUUGUUCUUUAUCUCAAAGUCAAAUUUCUUUACUAUUAAAGAUUUCAAAAAAACAAAAAUUAAAUAAUUUAACAACACAGCCGAUAUAUAAAUAUGAUUAG